CACGUACGCACGCACGCACUCACUUUUGAGUCAUUGGGAUGCGUUUUAUGGGGAGGUGAUUUCUGUGACUCGUUCUUUCGGGUUUUUCUGUCACCUACACAGACAGUAAAGAGACGCGCGCGAGUUACUGUAAUCAUUAUUCAUCGCCUGACUCGGAUCGGCUGCUUAUGAAGAUAAAAACGUACAUGUAGUGGGUUUUUUUUUAGUUUUUUUUUUUUUUUUAUACACAGCCUACACGAGUCAGUACGCGUGAGCCUUUAGUCUGAGAAGCGGGGAAGAAAUCAGUAAAUGAAAACAUUAGACGUUGUUUAUCAUCCCUGUGUUUAGACACACAUGUAUUCAUGGAGCAGUGUUUAAACCGGAGAUCGGUUGUCCUACGGAGACUCGCAGCAGCAGCACAAGGGCCACUUUCCAGUGUGGACUAUGUUUAAUGUGAAAACCUUCCAGCUCUGAUACCCCCUAAUCAGAUUAUGAAGAUUUCGCACUCCUGCGUCAAUGACAGGUAAGAUGGAAACACCCUUCUACCACGAUGAUACGCCGAGCGUUCCAAACUUCGGGCAACUUCCAGACUACGAUCGCUAUCAAAGCCACAAGAUGAUGAGUAAGAAGAACAUGGCCGUGCAUAAUUUCCCCGGAGCUGUGGGAGGCACGCCAGGCCUGAAGCUGUUGCAGAGCCAGGCUGGAAGCAGCGUCAACCCGAACCUGGGCAUGAACAGCAACCCGAACAGCGCUCUGAUGUCGUCGUCCGACAUGAACCUCUUGAAACUCUCUAAUCCCGAGCUGGAGCACUUGAUCAUCCAGUCUAACCAGGGGCUGGUUACGACAAGCCCGGCGCCUAGCUCUUCCACUAACGCUUUCAUGUACAGGAACCAUGCCACAAACGAGCAGGAAGGCUUCGCAGACGGUUUCGUCAAAGCUUUGGCAGAUCUGCACAAACAGAACCAGUUGGUCGGGGCUCCCAUAUCUCCAUCGUCCUCCAUUCAGGGUCCGUAUCAAAGGAACCUCAUGGCGAGCGCGGACAUGCCGAUCUACACCAACUUGAGCAGUUAUAACCCCAACCAGCUCCCUACGUCCUACCCCGGAGGUCAGAUCCCCUACGCCUCGGCUCACGCUACAGCCCACUCCAGCCAGGGGCAAGGUCAUCACCAUCACGGUCGAGGUCUUGAUGCGCCUCAGACCGUUCCAGAGGUUCCUCACCCCCCUGGAGGAGAUCCGACCGGUUCUCCACCUUCCCUCUCGCCCAUUGACCUCGAGACCCAGGAGAGAAUCAAGGCCGAGAGGAAGAAGCUGCGGAAUCGCAUCGCGGCCUCCAAGUGCCGCAAGCGGAAACUGGAGCGCAUUUCACGCCUGGAGGAGAAGGUGAAGGUCUUGAAGACGCAGAACUCUGACCUGGCGUCCACCGCCAGCAUCUUGCGUGAGCAGGUCGCGCAGCUCAAACAGAAAGUCAUGAACCACGUGACCAACGGCUGUCAGAUCGCGGUCGGAACAGCCGGCAUGGCCAAGAGCGCCGAGAGCGCCAGCUGCUGAAGGUGCAUCUUAUUUCCUUCGCUCUGAACUCUCGAUUUCCCUUCUGCUACUUCAUGCCGCUGUGAAAGAUGAACAGCGAAUACCGGAGAAGGGCAGAAAGAGAACGGAAACCUCGUCCCGACUGACACGGAAGACACCUCGCAGAGAGGGUGUGCAAAAAAUAAAUAAAUAAAUAAAUAAAUAAAUAAAUACAUAGAUAGAAAUUCCUUCAACCUGUCAGAGUGAUCUCUCAGCUGCGAGUGAUCUCUGGCCACGAGAGCACGUUCUCUCCUCGCACACAGACUGCAAUUUAAAAGGGAAGAUUGCCUCAUCGCAUCGCACCUCGACCCCGUUUCUCAUUCGACCGCACUCUGUACUCGAAUCCCAUCGGGUUCAUAAGGACCGAGAGACCGUCACAGCAAUACCGCCCGAACCCGACGUGUCGCACGGAGACAACAAACGCAGCGCGGAUCGACUUCACGACACGGACGUUGACUCACAGCUGGAAUUCCUCCCGACCCGAAUGAUUUGAAUAUUUUUUUAAUCUCCCCUGAGGAUGAGCAGCUUGUGAUACGGUCUUACACGUCACUGGGAUUGGAGUACGGUCUCUCUUACAGUCGCAGGGUAACUUUUUUUUUUUUUUGUUUUUUUUUGAGUUUGAACCCCCCCCCCUCCCCCUCCCCCUCCCCCAACAACAUGCACUAUUCUGCAAAUCUGAACUUUUCUAUACACAAACAAACCUGGCAACGUGAGCCAAAUUUCUCUCACGUUCAUUUGUUCCCGAUCGGAGGUGUCCGCACAUAUUGUUAAAAAAAGAAAUACGCCAUUCAUUCAUAUUGAUAUUAAAUAAUGUCAGAAGUGUUGUAGUUAAGUGGAGACUUAUUCGUUGCGGUCCAGUCUGAGUGAUUUAUAUAUUGAAGCCUAUUCGUACAUCCGUCGGUUUGUUUGAUAUCGUGCAAUUUGUGAAUACAGGAAGUUUGUUUUUGUUUUGUUUUUUUACAAUCUUUUUUAUUAUUAUUAUUAUAAUUUUUUUUUUUUUUUUUAUAUAUAAGUAUUAUUUCACUGACAAUUGAUGAACAAGAACACGAGUCUGGUCCCGUGCAGCACUUUUAACGGUGUCCAUUUUGAGCACCCGAUAAAAUUCCUGAACAUUCCGAGACCUUUUGCACUGUAUUCAGUGGGUUGUGUUUUAACGCCUCGUGGCUGCUCUUUUAAUUUAAACCGCUGAGGCUUUGAGAAAAGGGACGUGUUUUCAUAUGAGGGCUUCGAGCCAGAAAAGGGCUUUCGAUCAAUAGUAUUUUUUUUGCAAUUUUUUUUUUUUUUUUUUUUUUUUUUUUGUAAAAUUUCUAAAAAAAAAAAUUUAUUUAUGCAAAAACUUUAUCUAUGAUAUUUAUGUUGUUUGUGUAAGAGGACUGUACAGGUUCGAAUACCGGUGUCGUGUCGGCACUUUCUUUUGUUUUGUUUGGUUUUGUUUUUGGGAACUACAUAGUUGCACAUAAAAUCGAAACAGUAAACAAUGUCUAAUAUUUAUCCUCUGUGUACAGCGUAAUAUUUUUCCUCUGUUUUUGGUGGGAAGAAAAAUCUGAAUAAAUAAAUAAACAAACAAACAAACGAAGCGUUCAGAUUGUCGAAAUGUUGGUACGCGAUCGAAGAUCGAGUUCAGAACUAGUUUACUUUAUAUUCGCUUUAUAAAGGAUAUUGUUUUAUAAAUAAUGAUAAAAAGUGGGAAAGGAAUUUUCAGAAUGCUUUUUUUUUAUUAUUAUUUGAUUUGAUUUGUAUUUUUUCCCCCUCGUUAUUGUUGAAAUUGCGUUUCGUUAAAACCGGGCGUGUACCCGAUACCUGUUUAAUUGCCUAAGUGGGAAAAAAUUAGCUUUAAAUUCAUCUUUAAAAAAAAAAACAAACCCCAGCUCUCGUCAUGCCAGGGAUUUUAAAGCAUCUGCGGUCAUGUUGUGCAUAAAUAUUGGCACUGGAAAUUGGCUGAUGAACAUAUAUUUUAAAAAUCUCUUCAAGAACACUUUAAGCUACAGCUCUCGUCUCUAGAACCGAGGGCGUGAGGUUUUAAAGCGUCAUACGUGAGAAUAUUGUGUACGUUUCAUAAGUAUUUGCACCUGCCUAGUCACCACAGUUUGCUUCCCUUUUUUUUUUUUUUUUUUUUUUUCUUUCCCAAGGUGACUGAUGCGUACGCAGAGCGAGAACUCUGAUCACAUUGUUGGUACACUGAAUUUCUGUCCAACUGCCUUUCCUACUAAACAAACACAUGAAAUCUUUUAUUUAUAUACAUAUACAUAUAUAAAUAUAUACGUCUAUAUUCUUAUCAGUCCGAAUAAGGGUUUGAUCCGAACUGUCGAUGAACCUCUUACCUUUUUCCGAGCGUCAAAAUGGAAAUAUUUAUUUUUGAAACUUGAAUAUGUUUUUGGGUUGUUUUUGUUUUGUUUUGUUUUUUGGGGGGUAUUUUUUUUUUUUUUUUUUUUUGGAUGUCACAAACUUCUAUUUUUGUACAAAGAAAAUGAAUAAUGUUAUAAUGAAGAGUGAGAACAGUAAAUGUGCAUACUGUACUUUUGGUUUGUAGAUCUUUCCUCAUUCCAGAAAUACUUUAUUUAUUGAGCUGGUAUUACGUGUUUUUACGCUUUGAGCAUUUCUGCCUCUUGUGAAACGAGAUUUCAAAAAAAAAAAAAAAAAAAACCUGCCACGUUUACUAGAACGAUAUCCUGAAGGUUUACGCUAAAGAAGGACUUUUUUUUUUUUUGGUUUUUUGGUCGUCUGAUGAGGCGACUUUACAAUCCGUGAUGUGCACUUGAGGCCUUUUAGGACUUUACAGCUAUAAUCGUCGCUAUGAAAUGUACCACUGGUGGCAUUUUCUUGUAUCUGAUCUGAUAUUUAUGGCUUUGUAUCCACCAGCCCGGAUGAAAUCGUCAGAAUACGAGAGUCACUUCAUUUAUUUUCACACUAAACCUUGAUUUGCUAAAGCUGUGAGAUCAUUCAAGAUUUCAAGAUCUCGGACGUCUUCGGUGUAAGGGUGUGCAUCGGUAAUGAUGUUCUCUAUUAUUUCACGCACAUAACGAGCUCUCUGUCUCUCUGCCCCACCAUUUAUCCAAAAAUAAACACUUUCAUAGACAGUAUUAGCUUACUCUAACUGGGAAAGAAAAAAAAAUUAGAAAUUCAUUUGAAAUUUGUAAGAGUUGGGGGGGGGGGAGAAUCACCUGUGUAGUGAUGACUGAUAAAAAUACUGCUUAAAGGGUUUCUUUCUUGUUGGUUGGUUGGUUUGGGUGGAGCGAUUACCCAUCAACCCCUGCGCUUUCUUCUCUUCCUGUCUCCACUUCACGGCCUGAUGGGAAAUAUAGUCUCCGUGCAAUCACAAGACGACGUGACUAAGGGGCGACUUGCCUUGCUUUCGAUUCAUGGUUGUUGUUUUGUUGUUGUUGUUUGUUGUUUUUAAAAAAAAAAAAAAAAAAAAUCGGUUCUGAAUCUUGUUCCUUGUUUUCAUGUUUUUUAAUCAAUAAAGACGUCGGUUUCUGAACACGC